GGCGUCGGAGCUGUUGUGCGAAACAUCAUAAUUGCGGUUAAUAAUUACAGCUGUGAUAAGCAGCAGAGGUGGCAUUUAUUAAUGGCAAAGCCAGCUGAAAUCGCAGUAGAUCUCCAGGAGCAGGACGAGGAAGAAGAAGAAGAGGGGAGAGUUUGGAUUUGAGACAGAUUAGGACACUGUCAGAGCCACAUAGAGAGGCAGCAGCAGUGCCCCAGGCAGCAGAGGCGAGAUGAUGCGAGCGGGAGCGAAGCAGUAUGUGGUGACCCGGCCGCUGUACUCGGAGGAGGCCUUCGCCCAGGACCACGAGAAGGUCUACAGGCACGGCAAGACCAUGCUGAACCACGUCAAGGACUACUUCACAUGUGACGCCAAACGAGCCAAGAACGCAGCUCUCUCUCUCCUGCCGGUCAUCGGCUGGAUGAAGAUCUACCGAAUCAAAGAGUGGCUGCUCAGUGACAUCGUGUCCGGUAUCAGCACUGGACUGGUAGCUGUCCUGCAAGGUCUGGCCUACUGUCUGCUGGCCUCUUUGCCACCCUGGUAUGGACUCUUCUCUGCCUUCUUUCCUGUCAUCAUUUACUUUAUCCUGGGCACCUCCAGACACAUCUCAGUGGGCCCGUUCCCAGUCUUGUGUCUGAUGAUCGGCUCGGUGGUCACCAGGAUAGUCCCAGAUGAGGGUCCGGCCCUCAACAUCACAGGGCUGGAAGGCCUGACUCGAGACGAACAGAGAGUGCUGGUGGCUUCUUCUCUGACCUUCCUUACUGGUAUCAUGCAGCUGGCAAUGGGUGUUCUGCAGGUGGGCUUUGUUGUCAUUUACCUGUCUGACACUCUGGUGUCCGGCUUCACCACAGCUGCUGCUGUCCACAUCCUGGUGUCCCAGCUCAAGUUUGUGUUAGGGUUGACUGUUCCAGGCAUCAGUGGUCCACUCUCUCUCAUUUAUACCCUGGAGAUAAUUUUUAACAAGAUCACCUCCACCAAUGUGUGUGACGUUGUGAUCUCCUUGGUGAUCAUGGUGGUGGUGUUCAUCGUCAAGGACCUGAACGACAGAUUUAAAUCCAAGCUGCCGGUGCCCAUCCCCAUCGAGGUUAUCAUGACCGUCAUCGCAUGUGGAGUUUCAUACGCGUUUGACUUCAAGACAAGAUAUGGCAUUGAUGUUGUUGGCCAUAUUCCAAAAGGGUAUGAGCCUCCGAUAGCACCAAAUCUGCACAUCUUCCAGGAGACAGCAGUGGAAGCAUUUCCCAUGGCCAUAGUAGGUUUUGCUGUUGCCUUCUCCGUGGCAAAAGUCUAUUCCGUAAAACACGAUUACACCAUAGAUGGCAACCAGGAGCUGAUAGCUUUUGGAGCCAGCAACAUCUUUGGAGCUUCCUUCAAGUCUUUUGCUGCGAGUACAGCUCUUUCUAGGAGUGCAGUGCAGGAGAGCACAGGUGGCAAGACUCAGAUAGCUGGUUUACUGUCAGCUAUUAUAGUGAUGAUCGUCACAUUGGCCAUUGGAUUCCUACUGGAGCCGCUCCCGAAGUCUGUGCUGGGUGCUGUGGUCAUCGUCAACCUGAAGGGCAUGCUGAUGCAGUUUAGAGACAUCCCGUAUCUGUGGAGGAGAGACAAACCAGACUGUGUGGUGUGGUUGGGUACCUGUACUGCAGCUAUCUUGCUGGGAUUGGAUCUUGGAUUGGCUGCAGGCCUUGGGGUGGAGCUGAUCAGUGUGGUCCUCAGGGCUCAAUUCCCUCGCUGCAGUGUGCUAGCCAACAUCAAAGGAACUGAUAUCUACAAAGACAGGAAGGACUAUACUGAUAUAUAUGAGACAGAGGGAGUCAAGAUCUUCAGGAUACCAUCACCAAUCUUCUUUGCCAACAUCGAGUUCUUCAGGAGCAAGCUGGUGGAAGCUGUUGGAUUUAAUCCCUUGAGAGUGUUGAGAAAAAGAAAUAAAGCACUAUGGAUGAUCCGGAAACUUCUAAAGAAGGGAGACCUUCAAUGGACAUCAAGAGGCUUCCUGAAUACCUCAGGUGGAUUCAUCAAGGAGUCAGAGGAUCAGAGCAACAUGGAGGAGCUGGACCUGCCCACUGACUUCAAGGACCUUCCUGUCCGGAUCGACUGGAGUGCCGAGCUACCCGCCAACAUCGUUGUUCCCAGAGUGGACCUCCACAGCCUGGUCCUGGACUUUGCUGCUGUCUCUUUUCUAGACAUCUCUGCUCUGAAGGGACUUAAAACUGCGCUGAAAGAGCUGAUCAGGGUGGAAGUUGAGGUCUACAUUGUGGCUUGUGAUCCUUACAUCCUGAAGAAACUGCACGACUGUUGCUUCUUUGAUGAUGAGGUUCAGUCGUCGAUGUUCUUCCUGACGCUGCACGACGCCAUGCUGCACAUCCUCGAGAAACAUCCAGAGUCCACGGAGAAGAAAUCGGACUUGGACAAGAUUAUAACAACGGUCACAGUUCACCACCCUGAAGGCAAUUUGAGGAGCAGAGAUAGAAAUGCUCCAGAAACCUGGUUCUAGCUUCUGAAUGAGAAGAUGAUGAUUUCUGGGAGAAAACACAGAGAAAGACCAAAGACAAAAAGAGUAAAUAUUUUACAGAUCAUGCUGUACAAUACACUGAGGUAGUGAAUAACGUGGCUUUUUUGACUUUAUACAUUUGACAAUCUAAAUUUCCAUACACAGUAGUUACUGUAAUGUAACAAAACUAAUUUCAUGGUAUUGUUUUUUUUAUAUUGUAUAUAGUGUAUUUGUAGAAAAUAUAGGUGCAAUACGUUUUACAUGUUGUAUAGUUACAUUUUGAGAGGACAUGAGAAUAAAUGAAAAUCUCGGCACACUGUUCUCAAAAUAAUGUUGACUGGGACCAAAGCAAUGUGAAAAAGACUGAAUGUGCAGUGGCUGAAAUAUUGAAAUAAAUAUUUUAUCACUCAAAAUAAUGACA